AUUUGACGUCGUUAAGCUCCUAUGAAGACUUUCGUUUUCAUUUUUUGUUGACACUGCAUUGAUGUUGUUAUAGUUGGUUGCUAGUUCAGACAAACAUGGCCGGCUUGGAGGUGUUAUACUCCUGUGUCGGUGGCAGCAUUAGCUGUCCACAGGACGCCGUGGUGUGCUUCGUUCACUGGGAAAUGAUAAAGAGUGGAUACAGGUGCAUCGGUUCUGGAGACGAGCCCAAAGGCAGUGAUAAGAAGUCUGAGCUGCUGCCUACUGACUGGAACAGCAACAGGGAGGAACUGUACAGUCUGCGAUACAAAGCCAAAGACAGUGAGACACAGUUGCUGCUUAAAGCCAUCUCUGUCGACUCCACCUUGAUCUUCAACUUGAUGAACUCCGGCACACAGCAGGUGUCAGACUUGACGGUGAACAUCAGCGAUCACGUGGAGGCCGACCAGCUGCACACAUUUGACAGUGUGUUCAAGGACACAGACAGUCUGUCAGAGAAGGUGAAGACUCAGCUGCUGCCCGCUCAGGGGCGAGCGCCAGGACAGAGGACGAGUCGGAGGGAGGAGGAGGACGAGCGGAGAAGAAGAGAGGACAGCGACCCCCUCCGCAUCCCCAUCAGACAGCCCCGACAGGGACCCCCCCCACACUGGCGGGACCCCAUGGUCCCUCCGUUCUCCGUUGGAGGAGCAGAUCUGGAUCCCUUCGGGUCCCGUGGUGGUGGCGGGAUGAUCCUGGACCCCCUGCGGUCGGGGUAUCCGCGCUCUGGUUUUGACCCAUCAAGUGGAAUACCAGACAUCCUGCCUCCUGGAGCUGUUCCCCAGGGGGCUCGCUUCGACCCGUUUGGACCAGUCGGACGACCCAGACCAGGGCCGGACCCGGACCACAUGCCCCCGCCGGGGUAUGACGACAUGUUCAUGUAGUGCUUCCUUCUUUUCUACUCCCUGUUUGCUACUCACGACAACAUCCUGUCCUCCAGCCAAUAGGAGGAGGAUCUCCUCUCCCCCCCCUGCAGGGUUUGAUCCGCUUUAGUGGCCUGAAAAUAAAAAUGUUUGCCUUUUUUAUUUUCCCGUUUUUGAGAAAGAGGGUUUCAUAUUAUUGGUUUCUUAUAACUGAUGUACAACUCGUGUAUAUAACUUGUGUAGAAGUUCCCUUAGUGAUAAAUAUACAUGCUCUUUUUCCUCUGCUUCCUGGAGGAUAGAAGUGAGUUUAGAUGAUUAUUGUCCCAUUAAACUGCAUCUUGUAGUUCUAAUUUAUGCAUAAUAAAGAACAAGCGCUUGUAUUUCUGUUGUGGAUACUUAAGAAGAGCAUGACAUAUGGUUCCUUACAGCUGUUUUGUUUGGAUUGUUGUUGAUUCUACAACAUAGUUGAUGAAAUAUCCCAUGCCAAAAUAAAAGUCUUAGAUUAACAA